AACCAAUUUAACAAUCAAUUACAUCUAAUUACAAAAUCAUCAAAUAUCUCAACUACAAUCAGAGGAAGUUUUUUUUAACAACUUUUCACAAACGCGCGAGUGUUGUAUUUAGCGAGGUAGAAUCGAAAGUAUGGAGUUCAAAUUGGCUAUAAAAGUUUGGUAAUGGCGUUAAUUGAAUGUUUAUGCGAAGAGAAAAGAACAAUUUGACAUGAAUGCUAUCAGUGUUGUAAUAUGCGUGGCUGUCGUGAUACUUGCUGUGUUAAUUACUCUCUUCGCAUACAUACUAUGGAAGUAUGUCAAGCUAGAGAAUAAGAACAAUUUGGCUGAGAAAGAAGAAGACGUUAGUUUUUUAGAAGAUUACUAUAAAUUUCAGAUUCCGGUCUCCUUACGAACUGUCCAGGCGCAAGCACCUUUCUUGAAGCAAGAACUAGGUGUGACCGGCGUGACCGUAACAGCACCGUCAGAUGAAGAUGAGGUUGAAAACUUAAAGUUACCCGAGAAAAGACAAAGAAAGCCUCGUUCUCGUACACUGGAUGAAGGCAUGCUGAAUCUUGUUCCUAAUGGAAAACCAGUUGUGAGGAAAAGGGCGGAGUCUUUGAAAGGUGUCCUGUUCACGAAGCCUUCUGAAAAUGUGCCUGGAAAACGACCACUGCAGCCUUUACCAAAUAGUUCACUUACCGAGAACGAGUUGCGUCAAAAGAAAAUCAAUGCCACCAUGAUGGCAACCCUCGCUUCGCAACAUGGGCCAACAUUGACGUCACGAAGAGAGAGUUACCUAGGAUUAGAAGAUUCACAAUCAAGUCUUUACAAUUUAUCAGAUGAUGGCUCCGACUUUAGUUUUUCUGGUAGCCUUAUGUCAUUAGACGAUGUUUAUGACUCGACAUCCGUUGGUGGACCUCGCACACGCCUGUCACGAACACGAGGUGCAAGCAACAAGUCUGAACAGAAAAAAAUUUCAUACCGAAAAGCUGGAAUUAUAUCUUUUACUACAUUGUAUAAUGAGGAUGAGCAUAUUUUAGAAGUCCAUAUCAUUCGUCUAACUGAUCUCUCAGCGAAACGGCAACUCAGCGAAGUAAACCCUUUUGUCAGAGUUUACCUCGAACCUGGAAAAAAACAAAAACAAAACACGAAAUACCAAAAAGAAACUAGGAAUCCUUAUAUCAAUGAAACAUUAACCUUUUCUGACUUGAGCGUUGACGAUUUGGCAAAGCAUAAAAUAAAGAUGAAAGUGUACCAUCACGGAAUAUUAAGAAGGAGUGAGAUAAUGGGCGAGGUGGAUGUAGCUUUGAGUUCGAUAAAUAUUCAACUAAAGGAACAGUUUGAUGUUGACCUAUUCAUAAAAAGAUCUGAGAGCACAUCAGCAUCACUGAACAUCACCUUGUGUCACCAAGCAACAUAUUCCAAGCUGGAAGUUAUCAUGCACGAAGCGAAGAAUUUAGCAAAGAAGAGUUCCUCCCUGAAUCCAUACGCUAGCAUUUCUCUAUUUAAAGAGAAUUCUACCGAAAAAAAAGACACGACCACAAAACGUAAGACGAGAAAUCCAACGUUCAACGAAUGUUUAGACUUUGACAUAACAACAAAUCCUAGCACACCUCUUGAAGUGUUUUCGCUGGCUGUCACGUUGUUCAAUCAUAAUUUGGUUGGUAAGGAUGACGUGUUGGGAUAUGUCAUUUUUAGUUCAUCAUCCCCACAAGAGUCAGCUGCUGAUCACUGGAGAGAAGUGCAAAACGAGCCUCACAAACGUAUAACGAAAUGGCACCAUUUGAUAGAUGCAAAAGAUAUUUGAAAAUUGUUCAGUUUUGAAUAGUAAAACAAAGUUAUUAUCACUUAUUUAAAGCGCUUAGGUAACCUCACCCUCGCUUAAUUGAAAGUUUUUCUCAAUUUUGUGUUAAAAUUGUCAAGACCACAUGUUUAUUUCUCUACUGAUAGAUUAAUGUAUUAAUUAAUCGUUAUAAAUUGAUAUUAUACAAAGUAUCCAAAUUAAUGUAAAAAAAAACAAUUUACAAUAUAUAUUAUGUUGCUUAUCGAUA